UAGCCUAUAUUUUACGCAUACCGGUUGAUCUCGAUGCUAACAUCGAGUUUUCAUAGGACAAUGAUUUUGGUUAGAAUUUGUAAAUGCAUAACACUUAACAGUUUUGAGAUAUAUAAUUAAAUUAACUUUAACAUUUUCAUAUAUUGACGAUUUUAAAACUUAAUAAUGCAUACAGUUUUGACACGUGGAAAUGCUAUUUUAGCAUAUACAUUAAGUGUAUCAGCUUGCCUUACAUUUUGUUGUUUCCUUUCAACAGUUUUUAUAGAUUAUAGAGCAAAUGCAACUUUAAAUACAGUAAAAGUAGUCGUGAAAAAUAUGCCAGAUUAUAGUGCAUCAAAGGUGAAAAAUGAUCUUGGUUACUUGACAUUUGAUCUUCAAACUGAUCUCACUCCAUUAUUUAACUGGAACGUUAAACAGUUAUUCUUAUAUCUUACAGCAGAAUAUCAAACGAGCAAUAAUGACUUUAAUCAGGUAGUUUUAUGGGACAAAAUAGUUCUACGUGGAGACAAUGCUGUUCUAGACUUUAAAAAUAUGAAUACAAAAUAUUAUUUCUGGGACGAUGGUAAUGGUUUAAGAGGUAAUAAAAACGUAACAUUAAUGUUAUCUUGGAACAUUAUACCAAAUGCAGGAUUAUUACCAAGUGUUAAUGCCAUUGGUUUACACACUUUUGCAUUUCCAACAGAAUACACAACUUUACGUGUAUAAUAUAUGAUUAUCCAACAUUAUUGGAAAUAUAUUAAUAAUUUUAUAACAAUUUUUAAUUGUCUCAUGUAAAAUGUAAAAAAGUAUAUAAUAAAUAUAGGUUGUAAAUUACUUA